UAUGAUUAUUUUUAAUGGCCACUGGUCCCUCUCUGCGACUUAAAUAUAAGAAUCGUUAAUAUCUCUACCGUAACCAAUCAAUCGCCUCACUGAAAAGUGAAAAUAUGACAGCUUAUAAGCCAACUAUUUAUAGCCUUUGGUGGCAACACUGUUCAAUCGCAGCUCAAUUGUCCGUAUUUUACCGAGCGCGAUGAGCGGAGAGAGAGAGGCACAUUUAUUUUACAGGACGCCGGUGGUCGGCGGUGGCGUUUGUCUCGUUGAAUAAAGAGGUUAGAAAUGUUUUGAUAGUGACAGCAGAUAUUAAGCCUAUGAUAAAACUUGCACCAUUCGAAUUUCUUCGUAUAAUAAAGGAUAUUUUUGACACUGAGGGCGUCUUUGUUCAAAACAUCGAGUAAUUUGUGAGCGUUUCGCAUGUGCUUGUUUGGAUAUUUCAUAACGAUGAAACAAGUGUAUCGGGGAGCGAAAUCCAUGAAGAUGUUUAUUCAGCACUUGUGUUAGCGAAUUUGUGACUAACAUUUUGAAAAUGUUCAAAAUUGUAUACAUUUUAAUAUGUUAGGAAUGUUGUGUGUUUGAUAAAUGAAUGAUCAUCAGUAGUAACUGUGAAGCACAAAUUCUCUUGACACCUUAAAUGUUUUGUUGACUUCAUCACAAUUUUGUAAAUGUUAGAAGAAAAAUCAUAAGUGUUCUCGUCAGUUGUUUAAAUAUAGAAAGCAUGGCAGAAACUGAGCAGUGCAGUGUGUGCGAGACCCGCGUGCGGUCGCUAGAGGAGUCAGUGCAGCAGUUGCUGGUGCGCAUGGCACUGGUAGAGGAAGGCAUGAAGGCUGUGGAGGAGAUGAAAAGCCAUCUGUGCCGGCUGGAGAGAUCCGUGGAGAGGGCGCUGGAGGUUUUGUUGCCGCGAGUUGAUGCCUUGCUGACAGGGCUGGAAGCGACUUCGGGUCCCCUUCCUCCCGCCACAACUGCAAGCACAGCCAACACGACGACAUCAGCAAAGAACAACCCAAAGGGGAAAUCCGGUGCAGCAAAGGGAGCUGCUAAUGGGGCUGAACUUGCCAAUGCCAAGGGGAGUGGAGAGCGCUGUGAAAUGGCAGUGUCUGUGCGCCAAGCGGCAUCGGCAGGCGACUUGGAAACUUUACGCUUUUGGUUGGCCCGGGGCGCUAAUGAGACUCCGUUAGCAGCAGCUGCUGCAGCGGGCAACAUCGAUGCAGUGAAGGCUCUGCUGUUCCAACAGGGUGCAUCCAGAGCGAAGCAGGUGAAACGUGCUCUCCGUGUGGCUGGCACCCCUGAGAUGGUGCGCGAGCUGGCCAAGAUGGAACCCAGCGCUGUGCGCAUGAAGCAAGGGGGUGGGGUGGGGCUGCAAGUGGCUGCAGCCAGCGGGCGCCUGGCUGUGAUGCGUGCCUUGCUGGAUGUGGGGGCGGACCCCAACUGCACGGACAAGGACGGGAUGACAGCUUUGCACCACGCCUCUGUUCACGGACAGACAGACUGCCUGAGAGUGCUGCUGGACAAAGGAGUGAACCUGAAUGUGCAGGAUCGCUGUGGAAGAACACCUCUGCACCAUGCUGCUCAGCACGGACACAAGGAGUGCUUGGCUGCUCUGAUGGCUCGUGGUGCAGAUCUAGGCAGUAGGGACAACAACAGCUGGACACCACUGCACGUGGCAUCACGCGAAGGAAAAGCAGACUGUGUGGAAGCCCUGCUGACAGGAGGAGCAGCCGUGGACAGCCUGGACAAGGAGGGCUGGACGCCACUCAUCUAUGCUGUAGACCGCCGUCACAAAGAAGUGGAGCGAUUGCUAUUGGCCGCAGGUGCCACCCCAGAGACCCCAGCUCGCUUGGAAGGAUCUUCGGCUUCAAAAUGAGAUCGCAUCAGAGUUGGGAUGAGCUAGUCUCAAUGGUUUUAUAGUAUGUACUAAUCUAAAAGUGUUUCAUUUUGCGGGAAUGCCUUGCAAAUGUGUGAGCAACAUUCAGAAGGACUGAGGGUUUUGCUUCACGCAUUGUUCAAGUUAAUUUAGUUAGAGAAGAUUGCCUGCCAGAAGACAUGGGGAUUGAGGAGCAUUUAAUUCUCUCCAAAGUUGUCAGCUUAAGGUUGAAUGUCAUAUCUGUCUGUCACACCUUUUUCUUUUUUUCCACAAACAUUGUGGUUAUCAUGCAAAGAGUUUGCGGCAUUAUGAAUUUGAUGAGGACCUGAGCAAAACUAGCCUGCGAUUGAAAGCAGAAUUAAUGCUGUAUAAAUGUGCACCAGUAAGUUUUAAUUCAAGUUCAGUUUGUUUCAGUUGCUUUGAAGGUAGGUUGUGAUAUGCGUUUUGUUGAAUCAUUGUUGCAGAGUUCUGCAAAUAUAAUUCUUUUAAGACUACUAUCUGAUGUGUAUGAAGGAAAUUUGGUCAUUCAGAAUAAGCCUUGCGUUUUGUACCUAGCUUGACCAUGAAGGGAAGAAUAUAUAGUGUUUACCCUGUGCAGAGAGAGGUUACCCAAAAACCCUGUCAAGUUCAGAGAGAGCUCCGCAAUAGUGCGUUUGGUUCUGCAGAAUAUUGUGGCCCAGUAGAGAUCCCGCAGAUUGAAACCACCUCUUUACCUCCAACUGCUGAUUCCACUUCUCCAGUAAUCAAUGGUGGGGUUUCAAAUUAUCGGUAUUGCUCUUAGCUUCCGGGAAAGAUAUUAGCUGCAGGGUGGCCGUUUUCUGGAAAACCGAGAAAAAUUGGGGAAUUUGUAGAAGAGUCGUUAGAAGUCAAGAAACAUUUUGAGAGGAUUAAAAAACUAUAUACUAUUUCUUAACAACAUAAGUGCAGCAUUACAUUUGUUCCAAUUUUUUGAGAAAAUAUUGUUCAUUUGUACUUUUUCACUUCAAAAUUAAGGAGCUGACCUAUUAGAAUCGGGUAAUCUUUAAUAUUUUCUUUAAAAAGUGUGAAAUUACAAAUGUUAUCAGGAAAAAGAAAAAUCCACUGAAAACCAGGAAAAAUCAGAGAAAUUUAUUUCAGGAAAGGUGUGUGUUGAUAUCCAUUUGAAAACUAACAUUGAUACCAAUAAUUUAAACUUGCCCCGAUACCAAUAAUUUAAAAUGUGUAUUUACAGGGUAGAAUUACAACCUGUUUUUGCUCUACUUGGAUACAGACUUCAUUGGAAUUAAACAUGUGAUGGUGGCUCUUUCUCUGAACUGGAUAGAGAAUUAGGGUGAUGUCUUAAAACAUUGUACAGUGUACACCCUUUUCCUCUAUAGUUUGACUUGCUUAAUGAAAUGGGAAUUUGAAGACAUUCCAGUGUGUCUCACCUACUACCUGUCUUACUGUGCCUCACUAGUGAAAUGUGUUAAAAGGUUAUCAAAAGGAAUAUUAAUGUGAAGGCAAACUUAAUUUUAUGAGAAUUAAUUAUCCAGAUAGAAACAGCUGUAUAAAAUAGUGGAUGAUUGUUUUUGUGUGUCAGUAAUUUUUAAUUUUAUUACUUUUAUAUUUUUAUUGCUAAUUUUUUUGUUAAAAGAUCUAAAACUGUCAUCAGUAUUAUGAAUGAUGAUUAGAUCUCACAAAUAAUUUUUUGAUUGAUUUAAAGCAACAGGAUGUUUAGGCAUUUAUUUCUCAAAAAUAGGCAUGCAAGAAGGCAUUUAUUUUCUUUUUUAAAAAAAAGGCACAAUAAAAUAAAAUAAUUAAAAACAUAUUUAUUUUCCAAAAUUUUUAUUGGUGUCGUAUUACAUUACUUUAAUAAAAACUUCUGUUAGUGGCAUAUCACAAUGAGAUGUUUUUAGGUUGUCUGCUGUUAAAUUAUGACAUCUAUUCCAAAGAAUGCUUUUCAUGAAUGAAAAUGAACGUUCUACAGCAACUGAAUAAUUUUUUCAUAAAACAUAUUCAUAUAAUUCCUUUGAACAAUACAUUUUCUUCGUGCUGAUGUGUAUUUUACAAGAAAAUUCACUCAUUCCGUAAUUUUCAAAAUGGAAUAUUAGCAGUUUUGAAGGUUUUAUACAAAUUAAAAGAAAAGUGUCUGACGAUUGGAUAUUGUGUCUGGAUUUCUAUUUUUGUUCAGAGGCUCUGCCUGCUGCUGAUUGAUGCUUUGCACAAGUGACAAAUCUUUUUUUCCUCCGAGAUUUAUUACUUUUUUGCUCAUCUUACAUAAAAUGAGUGAACCAUUAGUUGGCAGUAUAUCUGAACCAAACCACAGUAUAUGUUUUAUACAGUAGCACAGCUCCAUGUUGAAUUACCUAUGACGACAUGUUGGUCAACAACUAGCAUUCCGCACUGUGACAAAGUAAUAUUUUGUUGACUUACUAUUUAUAAUACAGCAUUGUUCUGCUAAAUCUGACUAACAAGUGAAUAUUUUUAUAUAUUUUACUUUUAUGCAUGUAACUAAAAUAAAAUGUUAAGUAAAAACUUGGAACAAUUUCUAAGGAAAGAAUUGAUUUAAAUCUAAUGAAUGUUGUCCAUUGAAAGUGAAUAGUAGAAUAAUAAAUAAUAAGGAACAACAAGUAUUUAUUCACUUUUCGUGAAAAUGUCUAGAAAUAUAAAUAAUCUAAGUAGUAAAUAAUGGUAAGUAAUAAUGGUUAGCGUACCGGACUGUUGUACACAAGUUUGCGGGUUCAAACGCGAUCGAAGCCGUGGAUUUUUAAGGGCGAGAAAAUCCUUCGUACGCCUUCCUUCGGAGGGGAAGUAAAGCCGGCUGUCCCAUGUUAGUAGAUAUACUUGCGUGUAAAAGAUCCUCAAGCCUACAUGAUGCCUAUGAGCUAAAUUCAAAUCGCCUGUUUCUCGCCCAAGAAAUACCUCCUUUCUCUGCUAGUUGGUGAAAGGAGCAUAGCAAAAUUUGCGUGGUCAGACGGAAGAGCGGGCCUGAUGGCCCGAGUCUCGCCACGUAAAAUAAGGCAAAUUCAAUUCAAUUCAAUAAAUAAGGGUAUGCAGGAGGUAAUAACAUUUCUGUUGUGCUUCGAAACGAUUUUCAGACUUUCCUUUCGAGGUCUUCUGAAAAUUUUAAAAUCUCAGUGUUCUUUCCUGUAUUAUUGCUGAUUUCAACUGCAGAAUAGUUCACCUCUUUUGAUGCACGUAUUGUUAUUAAUAGGGAGCAGAUUUUGAUGACCUAAAACAUCGCCAAAAACGAUCAAUAAAAUGCUCUUAAAAUAUUUUAAAAUUGCUGAUGUAAUCGAGGCUGCUUCUAUUCGUUGGAGUGAAUGAAUUCAAACUUUUGGUUUGGAGUGUUCUUUACCAGUAAAUCUCAGCCAUCAGUUAUCCCGAAAUCUGGUGAACCGACAAUGGCACUGACACUGAUAGGUGUCACAGAACCCAUAGAUUAUAAACUCACAACAGCUGACAUAAUUUCUGGGCGAAGAAAUAAUUUACUAGCCAAUGCUCACCCUUGGCAUGUUAGCCAUUUGGUGACGCUCUGACCAGUACAAACGUGCAGUUUCCCUCAGCUUGUGAGAAUUCGCAUGUCCGUAUUGGUCAAGCAUUUAUUGGGCGAGUCACUGUUGCACAUUUAGCGUUACUCAGGGGCUACAUGUGGUAGACCAUGGACACGAGCAAUUUUGUCCUCGCUGUGAAUUAUUAUUAUUAUUAUUAUUAUUAUUAUUAUUAUUAUUAUUAUUAUUAUUAUUAUUAUUGAUGAAUUUUGAGAUUAUAGGAUGAUGGUGAUAGGUGAUCGGAUCUGGAACUCCCUAGUGCAAAGUAAGCACGCUACGCACUGAGCCACUUUGCCCAGUGCGAAUAAUUCAAAUGAGCUACUCAGGAAUUCUGAGGGGAUCAUUUGUUACAUCUCGUAAAUAUUAUUUGGAGCAUGAAAAUGUUAUUAAAAUCAAUUAAAUUAGCGAAAAAUGCAUUAAA